CUGCUGGAUUCCUUUCCCAUAUCCCAAAGAGCUAAUUGAUCCACCCACUUAGUUAAUUGAUUUAUAGCUAUUAGAGACUAUAAUUAACCGACCAGCUGGAAAGCUCUGUGUUAUCUGCCCGGUGGGAGCAGCGUUGAGAAGCAGCCAGCUCCGAUGGGCCGCAGGCUGCCCCGUCCCCACAAACAGCACCGCUCGUUUGCUGUCUUUGAAGGAUUUUACUGCACCUCAGACUUUGGGCUUUCCCUUUUAUCUCUUCCUUUGCUAACAUUUGGCGUCAGUGAGCUCACCCCGAGCCUCCCUGUUUUCCCUUAUCUCCUCCCUUCUUCCUGCAAGGUCACAAACUCGUCUUUGUGCUCCGUCCAUGUCGAUGCAGGAGUUUGCAUUGCUGGGCAGACGAGUUCGAACCGGCUUGCUAUCAAAGCAUUCCCAGGCCCCAGCAAAACCUCCCACUGCUGUCAGACCCUGACACAACGCAGAUGUUCCUUAAGCAUCGGGAAGGUGAUGCAGCUCAUCGCGGGGCCGAGCGAGAUGUCCGUACCUUGCACUGGUGCAUCUGGCCGGUGCUAACAAACUCCUGGGCGUGCCGUUCCCCACGGGAACGCAGGGAAAUAGGGAGGAGGAGACGCUGUAGGUGCCUGGCAGAGGUGCCCAGUGCCUGGCUGCCCCAGGAGGUGAUACGUCGGACCGGCAGCGGGCUCGGAAAACCCUCUGAGCCGCAGCGGGCUCUGUCCCUGGGGCUGCUGGCAGGUAGCGAUGCUGCGAGCAGGGAUCAAACCCCUCUGCGGUGCUAGAGGGUGAAGGGACACGGGCGGCUUCAGCCGCACGUCGACCCGGAGCAGCUCUCGGUGAACCCGCUGGCACUGAGCCGCAGCCUCCCGGCAGCCCCGGUGCUGGAACCAGCCGUGCCCGGUGAGCGGGGCUGCCCGUGCGGGGAGCGGGGUGCUGGGCACGCCGGUCCUCGGCCUCCCGGCGUCGGCAAAGCUGGGUGCUGACCCUGCGGGGGCCUUCUCCUCACUGGGACCGGGGCCAGGACGAGCUUUCGGCAAGAUGUUCUCACCGGCGGGCUGCAGGAGGGAAUUCCUGGGCUGCUCCAGGGAGCCCGGUCCGUGGCAGACUGGACCACCGCCACCGUCCCACGCUCACGGCCCCCAGGACGUCUGGGACAAGCCGCCCUGGGAGCACCAGCACAGGAGAGGCAGGGGCGGAUGGUGCCCGCGCGGUCCGUGGGACCCCAGACCCUUCCCUGGCCCUGCCGACUUCCAUGGGAACAAGGAGGGCAGAUGGGCACCCCACGACUGUCCCCCAUCACCCUCUUGGGAUGACAGAGAAGACAGAGGAGGACCUGAGGACUUCUUCGGAGAGGGCUGGCACCGGCCUGGUCCCUGGGACCCCAGACCCUUCCCUGGCCCCGCCGACUUCCAUGGGAAUGAGGAGGACAGGAGAUGGGCAACCCACAACCGUGCCCCGCCACCCCCUUGGGAUGACAGAGAAGACAACCAAGGACCUGAGGACUACUUCGGAGAGGACUGGGACCAGCCCGGUCCCUGGGACCCCAGACCCUUCCCUGGCCCCCCCGACUUCCAUGGGAACGAGGAGGACAGGAGAUGGGCACCCCAUGACCGUCACCCACCACCCCAUUGGAAUGACAGGGAAGAAAACCAAGGACCUGAGGACUGCUUCGGAGAGGGCUGGCACCGGGAGCCGUGGUCUGGCCCCAGCUGCUUUGCCUGGUCUGAAUUUCCCGGCGAGGAACAACACCCACCGUGGCCCCCCGCCAGCCUGCCGGGGUGGGUGGCCGUGCUGAGGGUGGGGGGACCGUGCAGCCGUGGGGUGGUGAGCAGGGGUGCCGGGACCACGCUUUGCUCCAGUGCACAGCCAAGGGGGGAUGCAGUGCUGAAGGUGGCCCUGCUCAGGGGGGGGGGGGGGGUUGCACCGGAGACCCCUUCCAGCCUAAACCCCCUACCCUGGGGCUGCCUUUGCUCCCGCAGGGAGCGAGGCGGCUUUCAGGAUGGCUGCCCGUCCUGGGGCUAUCAUGGCCUGGGUGGGAAACGCGGCAGACGCCUUCGCCGUGGCCACCGAGAGUUAACCUUGGUCCAGCGCUUUCCGUGUUCCUGGCUCUCCAGAGGUUUGUGCCAACGCUGUACGAUGCAAGGGGUCCCACGCCGCUGUGCUCGUCCUCGGCAGCAUCUCCUUGGUGCUCGCCAGCAUCUCCUCGGGCAGAGCGAGGAGUCGCUCCCAUUGUGUUUCUCGCUCUGCAGGGAAUCGGCCGUUCUGCAAGUCCUCUCAUUCCCUCCCUGGGACAAGCCAGCCGGGGGUCAAAGAGCAGCAGCACUCCGCUUCUCCCCAGCCGCUUAUGUCCUGCAAAGGCGAUGUGCUGAGCACGAAGCACACGGCUCAGGUUGUGGGUUUUUACCCCCCCGCCCCGCCCCAGCACCCACCAGUGACUCGAGUUUGCGCGGUCUGAGCCCUGCGUGGUGCCGCCAUGCCCCUAACCAGCGUGGUUUCCCCCAGGGCCCGCCGGCAGCGAGCAAGAAGGUCCCGGAGCCCCCCGGACCGGCCAGCAGCCCUCAGAAGAGCCCGGCCACUGAUCCCCGGGCUGCGACAGAGGCUGCAGAGCCGGAGCAGGCAGCAGAAGCGGCGUCGGUCGAGCCAGGAGCCAGGCAGAAACCUGCAGGCAGCCACAGCCAAGUGGAAACAGCUUUGGAAACAGAGCCAGCCCCGCCAGAGAAGAGCCCUGCUGGGACGGGGGAGCAACUUGAGGUAGAGCCGUGCAGCCAAAGCGUCCCUAAGGCUGGUGCAGAUGGUGGGUCCCAUCCCCACAGUCCAACAGCCCCUCCGGAGCCUGCCGAGAAGGUCCACGCCACGGCCGGCUCUGCUGGAGAGGCGGGUGCUGAGCUCUGCCCGUGCUCCGGGGGAGAGCAGCAUCUGCAGGAUGGAGCUGAAGAAGCCAAGGGAGAAGCUGCCUGCGAUGAGCUUCUCGGUGUCCUUCAGCCAUCCGACAACUCGCAGGUCCCGCCGGGAGCUACCGUGGAGCCUGACGCACAGCCCAGCCAGGCUUGCUCCGAUAUCUGUGCUGCGCCAGAGACCUCACCAGGGACCCAGCACCCUCCUGGGUCCGGUGAGACGGAACCGGCUGCAGACAGCCAGCACCAGCUCUGCUCCACGCUCCCGACACCCUCCCCGGCCAGCACGGACCUCCGCUCCGCCGCCGUCCUCGCCAGGAAGGAGGAGAUCGAGCUGUCGUACCAGCAGUUCAGCCUGACCAUCGCGGUGGUGGCCACAAUGCUGCUGCAGAAGGAGCCCUCCAUGGAGCCGGCGCUGGGGCUGGCGCUGAGAGCCAACCUCCGCCAGGGCCGGAUCCAUCACCUGCAGGAGCUGGAGGAUUUCAUCAACAGCUAUGACUCGGCCACCCUCAGCCGCUGACGGGGGGGCCGGGGUGAGCGGACGGACACCCCCUCUCACCACCCGGGGUUAGAGGGGGGUGAUGGGGGGCUGUGCCCGUGCAGCGGGGUGCUCGUGAUGGGGCCGGAGCCCUCGGGUCGAGGCGAUACGGACACGUUGGCACAGUCUCGCCAUCUCUCUUGGGAAUGGAGGAGGAGGGGGCUGCUUAGUUUUAGCCCUGCCCAGACCUGUUCGUGCAGCAAAAGGGGGAGCUGGUUUUACUAGAGGGUGAUGGGAGGGACAGCGGAUGUGGGGAGCUCCCCGGCUCCUCGCUCCAUUCCUGGUUCACAGGGAUGUACCUCGAAACCCUGGGGUUUGUUCUUGGUUUUAAAUCUAAAAAUAAACCAGCUGUGAUGUGUGCA